AUGUGGUCAACUAUAUAUGAAUUAGCAAAAAAGUUUCGUGAUUUCAAUGAUUAUGUAGAAAAAAAUGAAUGGCAAUCUAGCUCUUCUACUGAUAGACACUGCGAAAAUAUUAAUCAAUCAUAUUUACAAUGCAUUAAGAACAGUGAUGAUAAUAUAUGCCCCAAAUUUAUGCACUAUGUACAUAAGAUUAAAGAACAAUAUAACUUAAAGGAUCCUGAAUAUAUAUACAUAUACUAUUGGUUAUAUAAUCAGUGUAACGGAAAAUGUGAGAGCGCAGAUAUAAAAAAUUAUUUUAAUGAAUUGAUAAAAAUAUAUGAAUCAGAAGAGGGAACUACUAUAUAUACAGUUUAUAAAGAUAUUAUUAUUACGGAGGUUGAGUUUGAAAGGCUAAGAGAUAUAUAUGAACUAAACAUAAAACCUAGUGAAACUGAUAAUAAUGAUCACAAAAAAUAUUGUAGUGAAUUCCAAAAAAUAUAUAUGAUACGCAAGAGUGAAUGUGAUUACAAUACACACUCAGAAUAUUGUAAUACAUUAGAAGAAUAUAGAAAUAAGUACAAUGAAUAUGUAAAAUCCAAUAAUUCCUUAAAAUCAGAAUUCCCAAUUUUACACCCUUUCAGAAGAUAUAAUAUAUUAGCCUAUAUAUAUAUUACAUUUGUUAUAAUAUUAGCAAUAGCACUUCUUUUAUUUAUUAUGUAUAAGUUCAGAAAAAUGAGUUUCUUUUUGCACCGUAAAAUAAUAAGGAAAAGAAAUAUCUACAUGAGUACAGAUGAAGGAAGAAAUGCAUUUCAGUAUUCUGAAAUAUCGAACAAAAUAUCAAGAGAGGGCACAUAUAAUAUAUUAUAUAAUUAUGAUAUCUGUUAA